CUUGUGGAAGUCAAGAUGGCAGAAGAUAGUAAUAUCAGAACAGAGAGUGAAACAGGCCUUAAAUGAAGUUGCAUAGAUCUGUGUGUGCAUUUGACACCAUCGUUUAAGACCCGUUGCAGGAGCUAAAUUUGAUUUUGCUGGAUUGCAUCCGAUCUGUGGCGGAAUUGCAAAUUCUAACACAAACACGCACAAACAACUGAGGGAUCAAGUCUCGUAUGAAUUCCGACGAGAAGGAGGACUGUGAGUGUGCGCCACCACAGGCCGAAUCCAACCCCACAGGAGGAUACGACAGAUUACAAGAGGAGUCCAUCUUUGAAAACGCAGAAGCAAGCCGAAUGAAGCGAGCAGCCGCCAAGCAUCUCAUUGAACGUUACUACCACCAGUUAACGGAAGGCUGUGGAAACGAGUCAUGCAGCAAUGACUGCUGUGCCUCCAGCCCGAGCUUCCACCGCAUGGACAACAAUGCAGCGGCGGUCAAAGCUCUGGAGCUCUACAAGGUCAACGCCAAACUGUGCGACCCCCACCCUUCUAAGAAGGGCACCAGCUCUGCUUACCUGGAGAACAGCUCCUUCAACAGUGCUGGACAUCACAACAUGGCGUGCGGUAACCGCAAGAUGAACCACAAGGAACUGCACCCAGUUCGAGAGGAUUUCAAAGACGUGAACUUCCUGACGGAGGAGAAGGUCUACGAGAUCCUGGAGAGCUGCGGCGAGAAGGAGGACUACUCUCCGCUAAUCCGCGUCAUUGGCCGCGUCUUCUCAAGCGCCGAGGGCCUUGUCCAGAGUUUCCGCCGCUCCAAGCAGCACACCAAGGAGGAGCUGAAGUCGCUGCAGGCCAAAGAUGAGGACAAGGACGAGGACGAGAAGGAGGCGGCCUCAGGGGGUGCCUGCUCAGUGACCGCCAUGGAGGAGGGUGGCGGCACGGACCUGGAGGCGUCCUCGUCAUCGCGGUCAGGCGAAGGGGGGGACGGGCAGAAGUUGGGCCCAGAUGAGGUGUCUGUGGACAUUGAAGCAGUCCGCCGCGUCUACGGCCGCCUCCUGUCCAACGAGAAGGUGGAGGCGGCCUUCCUAAAUGCGCUGGUCUACCUGUCGCCCAACGUGGAGUGCGAUCUGACCUACCACAACGUGUACUCGCGCGACCCCAACUACCUGAACCUCUUCGUCAUCGUCAUGGAGAACGGCAACCUGCACAGCCCCGAGUACCUGGAGAUUGCGCUGCCACAGUUCUGCAAGGCCAUGAGCAAGCUGCCGCUCCCGGCCCAGGCCAAGCUGGCGCGGCUCUGGGCGUGUUACCACGCCGACCAGAUCCGACGCAUGAUGGAGACCUUCCAGCAGCUCAUCACCUACAAGGUCAUCAGCAACGAGUUCAACAACCGCAACCUGGUCAACGACGACGACGCCGUGGUGGCUGCCACCAAGUGCUUGAAGAUUGUCUACUAUGCAAACGUGCUCGGCGGAGACGUGGACAGAGAGCACAAUGAGGAGGAGGACGAGGAGCCGUUGCCGGAGUCGAGCGAGCUGACGCUACAGGAGUUGUUGGGUGAGGAGCGCCGCAACAAGAAGGGGCCGCGCGUGGACCCGCUGGAAACGGAGCUGGGCGCACGGGUGUCCGACUGCCGCCGGCCGCUCAUCCCCUUCGAGGAGUUCAUCAAUGAGCCGCUCAACGACGUGCUGGAGAUGGACAAGGACUACACCUUCUUCAAGGUGGAGACGGAGAACAAGUUCUCCUUCAUGACGUGUCCGUUCAUCCUCAACGCUGUCACCAAGAACCUGGGGCUAUACUACGACAACCGCAUCCGCAUGUACAGUGAGCGGCGCAUCACCGUGCUCUACAGCCUGGUGCAGGGGCAGCAGCUCAACCCCUACCUGCGGCUCAAAGUGCGGCGAGACCACAUUAUCGACGAUGCGCUCGUCAGACUUGAGAUGAUCGCCAUGGAGAAUCCUGCCGACUUGAAGAAGCAGCUGUACGUAGAGUUUGAAGGAGAGCAGGGUGUCGACGAGGGCGGCGUGUCCAAAGAGUUCUUCCAGCUGGUGGUGGAGGAGAUCUUCAACCCAGAUAUCGGAAUGUUCUCGUAUGAUGAAAGCACAAGGCUGUUUUGGUUCAACCCAUCAUCGUUUGAAAAUGAGGGCCAGUUCACUCUCAUCGGGAUCGUCCUGGGCCUGGCAAUCUACAACAACUGCAUCCUGGACGUUCACUUCCCCAUGGUGGUCUACAGGAAGCUCAUGGGCAAAAAGGGGACCUUCCGGGACCUGGCCGAUUCACAUCCGGUUUUGUCUCAGAGUUUGAAAGAGCUGAUGGAGUAUGAGGGCUCAGUCGAGGAGGACAUGAUGAUCACCUUCCAGAUUUCCCAGACAGACCUUUUUGGAAACACCCUCAUGUACGACUUACGAGAAAAUGGUGACAAGAUCCCCGUUACCAACAGCAACAGAAAAGAUUUCGUGGCCCAGUAUGCAGAGUACAUGCUGAACAAGAGCGUGGAGAAGCAGUUCAAGGCUUUCAGGAGAGGAUUCCACAUGGUGACAAACGAGUCUCCCUUAAAGUAUUUGUUUCGACCUGAAGAGAUUGAGCUACUCAUCUGUGGAAGCAGGCAGAACCUAGACUUUCAAGCACUUGAAGAAACCACAGAGUACGACGGAGGCUAUAGUAGAGACUGCCAAAUUAUUAGGGACUUCUGGGAGACAUUGCACUCGUUCGGUGAGGAGCAGAAGAGGCUAUUUCUUCAGUUCACGACCGGCACAGACAGAGCGCCUGUAGGAGGGCUGGGCAAGCUCAAGAUGAUCAUCGCCAAGAACGGACCUGACACCGACAGGUUACCCACGUCCCACACCUGCUUCAACGUGCUUCUCCUUCCUGAAUACACAACCAAGGAGAAACUGCGGGACAGACUGCUGAAGGCCAUCACUUACGCCAAAGGCUUCGGCAUGCUCUGAGCUCGCCCUGCUCAAGCAAACAACCACGGACUCCUUUUCGCACAGACACACACACACACACACACACACACACGCACACACACACACUCUCACACACAUAAACAUACACACACGCACACUUCUCUAGUCCCUAUCUUACAUCAAAAAUAAACUGAAGCGACAAGUGUCAAGCGACAAAAAAAGAGGAAAUGAUUCACAUUCUGAAGACGAGGAAAUUAAAAGAACCGAAACAGAAGAAAAAAAAAAACAAAAAAACAAAGCAAAAUGCUACAAAAUGAAAGCUAAACAGGAGGAGUCCAAAAUGGCGCAUAAAGUUAGCGUGCUCUAGUUGUCCUUUUUGUUUCUUCCCUAGCCCCUAACCCCAUACCCCUUUUUUCUCUUUUCCAAAAUACCAUUGUCUUGACUCAAUGGCGCAUCAGACCAUAUGAUCAAAUUCUACACGCCCGUGACCCAACCACUCCUUCAAUCAUCCUUAUGUGAAUGUGUUACACAGCUCAUAUGUACUGAACAUUUCCCUCACUAUUUAUUUCAAGGUUUAAACUGCCUGAUUUUUCAUUCCCCCAUAGGAAAGAAAUGAGGCUAAUGCAUACUUAAGAGAGAUGUGGUAAAACCAAAAUAAAUGUGUG